UCGCGUCAUUAGAGUCUCGUGAAGGCAGCUCUUAUCAACAAGUUGUCAACAUCUCUGGUAGAAGAGCAGCGGGGUCUGCAGAGCUGCUGGCCUCACUCACUCUGCUACAGAGGAUUAACCGGGUCUAACGUUAGGUGAGGUCGGGCUGGCUGCAGUCACGUGACAAUCAAAGGCAGCAGACACAUUCCUCUCAUUGCUCUCUAUAGUCUACAGUCUACAGGAGGUCAGCUGGAGACACGUCCAGCUGUUAGCUCAGUUAGCUCCGGUUAGCUCCAGCGGUUAGCUCCUCAGCUAGCUCCAGCAUGGCAAUGGAAGCCUGGUACAUGGACGGGUCUGAGGAGGACCAGAGGACGCCUCACAGACUGAACCCGGACCAGCCCGUGUCUCUGGACCAGCUGAGACAGCUCGGGGUGUUUCACUGGAAGCUGAAUGCUGAUAUCUAUGAAAGCGACCCGGAGCUGGAGCAGAUCCGUAAAGACCAAGGCAACUCCUACAUGGACAUCAUCUCUAUUCACAAGGACACACUACCUAACUAUGAGGAAAAGCUGAAGAUGUUCUUUGAGGAGCACCUGCACUUGGAUGAUGAGAUCCGCUACAUCCUGGACGGCCAGGCCUACUUUGACGUCAGGGACAAGGAAGAGCGGUGGAUCCGAAUCGCCAUGAGAAAGGGGGACAUGAUCACACUGCCGGCCGGCAUCUACCACCGCUUCACCCUGGACGAGACCAACUACACUAAAGCCAUGAGGCUGUUUGUGGGGGAGCCGGUGUGGAAAGCUUACAACCGGCCAGCUGAUGACUUUGGCAUCCGCCAAAAGUACGUGGCUUCUCUGCAGGGAUCCUGAGAGAGAGAGAGAGAGAGAGAUGUGCGAUUCCAUACGACCGCCGCUAACACUAGAAUCAGGGCUUCCAACGGGAUUCUGUUAGGCAAUAAAGUAGGUUUACAGUAGUAGAGAUGUUCCCAUACUAUUCUUUCCGUCCUGAUACCGAUUCCGAUACCUGAACUUGCGGUAUCGUCUAUACUGGGUACCGAU